GCAAGAUAUCCCUCUACGUUUCAAGUUUUAUAGUGUGAAGUGAAAAAAUUGUUUAAUCAUGGUCGUGGAGAAAAUGGAAGUAGAGGAGUCCGGCCGCAAGGAUGGCAUUCAGCGGUACUACAUAACAAAGAUUGAGGAACUGCAGAUGGUCGUGACAGACAAGACACAAAAUCUGAGGAGAUUAGAAGCACAGAGAAAUGAACUCAAUGCUAAAGUUCGGAUGCUGAGGGAGGAGUUACAGCUUCUUCAAGAACAGGGAUCCCAUGUCGGAGAAGUCGUCAAGGCUAUGGACAAGAAGAAAGUCCUUGUGAAGGUGCACCCGGAGGGCAAGUUUGUAGUGGACAUUGACAAAUCAAUUGACAUCAACGACGUCCAACCCAAUUGCAGAGUAGCACUACGUAAUGAUAGCCACACACUACACAAAAUAUUACCCAAUAAGGUUGACCCUCUGGUCAGUUUGAUGAUGGUAGAGAAGGUCCCUGACUCAACCUACGAGAUGGUCGGUGGUCUAGACAAACAGAUCAAGGAGAUUAAAGAGGUCAUUGAACUGCCGGUCAAACAUCCAGAACUUUUUGAUGCCUUGGGUAUUGCACAACCAAAGGGAGUUUUAUUAUACGGUCCGCCAGGUACCGGGAAGACUCUACUAGCCAGGGCUGUUGCUCACCAUACAGAAUGUACCUUCAUACGAGUGUCGGGAUCAGAACUUGUGCAGAAAUUCAUCGGAGAGGGUUCAAGAAUGGUCAGAGAACUCUUCGUCAUGGCUAGAGAGCAUGCACCAUCUAUCAUCUUCAUGGAUGAGAUUGAUUCCAUUGGAUCGACCCGUAUCGAAGGUAGCUCCGGAGGGGACAGUGAGGUUCAAAGAACUAUGUUGGAACUUCUCAAUCAACUGGAUGGCUUUGAGGCUACAAAGAACAUCAAGGUCAUCAUGGCAACAAACCGUAUCGACAUCCUGGACUCUGCCCUCCUCAGACCGGGUCGUAUCGACCGAAAGAUUGAAUUCCCUCCACCAAACGAAGAGGCCCGUCUCGACAUUCUCAAGAUCCAUUCCCGUAAGAUGAAUCUGACUAGGGGUAUCAAUCUAAGGAAGAUUGCUGAACUCAUGCCGGGGGCUUCAGGGGCAGAGGUCAAGGGUGUAUGCACAGAGGCUGGCAUGUAUGCAUUGAGAGAGAGGAGGGUCCAUGUUACACAAGAAGACUUUGAGAUGGCUGUAGCUAAGAUCAUGCUAAAGGAUUCAGAGAAGAACAUGUCCAUCAAGAAAUUCUGGAAGUAGAUCCAAACACUCUGCAUGAUGAUAGCAAUUGAAUCUGCUUAUUGUCAGAGAAAAAAAGGUUAAUGUGUUAAAAUGUUUGAGAGAGAGAGAAAGAGAGGGAGAGUGAGUGAGUGUGACAGAGGGAGAAAGGGAGAGUAAGAGUUGAAAACAUUACAUUGAAAAAUGGGCCAGAUAAUAUCAUCUGAGACCACUUAAGAAUUAAAUCCUCACAAAAUAUAUAUAUAUGCAUACAUAUAUAUUCACGGAUACUUGAAGAUGAUGCAUUUUCAAGUCCAUUGUUAUUUAUAACGUCGUCUAGUUGUUUGAUACAGGAAAAAUCAUAUUCCAUCUUUGGUUGCAUGUUGCAGGUUUUAGGAUCAAUAUUUUUUCUUCUAACAAUGAUAUUUGGUAUGAUUUUGGCAGAGAUUUCAUCAAAGAGCUAACACGUUUGUUUCAAAACCUUGCUUACAUCUCAUGUUUACAUGCUUUUUGGUGCAAGUUCAACAUUUUUUUAUGUAGUUCUGUCAGAGCUAUUAAUAGUCUGUUUCCAGAGCACAUUUCAAGUGAGUUUAAAAAAAUUAUUUCAGGAACGGACGACUUCAAGUUUGGAGUUGACAUUUUGAUGUUGGGGUUAGGCCGAUAUUUACAUCAGCUAGUACCAAAGUAAACACAUGACUGGACUUGGACAAGUCUCACUAAUAUAACAAUAUGAUUUAGGGGCCAUUUCAUUUACUUGUUUACACAUGUAUUUACAAACAACUGGUGACCCUUUCUUGUGAUCAGUACCUGACUUGUCACCCAAGAACAUGUUCCAAUCAUGCGUGAAGUUUUGCAUACCUUUAUGAAACACUGCUCAGGUGGGUGCCUGCUUCAAAUUGUUCAUAAAAUAUGAUUGACUGUACAAGCGACUGGUAAUCCUUUUUUUGUAGUAAACGGUGUGCAUUUAGCUCUUAACAUGUGAACACCUUGAUGAAAGACCAUCCUGGUCCAUUUUGUAAACUCAGAUAAGAUGUUGGAGCUGUGCAAGGCAAUCUAGAUUGUACUUUUAACACCAACACUGAAGUUGCGAUCACCCAAUAUCAAACAGGGUUAAAAACAUUGAAUUAAGGUGUAGUGUGUUGAUAAGCAUCCAACUUCAAGCGUACAGUGUUCCCUUCCAUGUGUUCUAUAUGCUUUAGAAGAUAACUUUUCCUGGAGCAUUUAGAUAUACGUCAUCAAUCAAGAUGUUCAGAAUGUAUUUGUUCAGGUAUAGAUGUUGUUACGAUAAUUAAUCGAAUUGUAAUUGCAAAGUUUACACGUGACUGUAUAUAAUAAACUGUUCAAAACAUGA